AUGCCGUGCCCGCGGCCGCCCUGGCUCCGCCGUCCCCGGGCCCCGCCGUGCUCGAGCCCCGGCUCCCCCGGCGGGUUCUGCACGGCCCCCUCGCCUGGCAGGGGGGAGGACGAGGACGAGGACGCAGAGGAGGAGGCGGACGGCAGCCCGGGCUCAGGCCCCAUCCUGCCCCCCGCCUCGCCCAUGGAGUGCCUCAUCUGCGUGUCGCCCUUCGACGGCGUGUUCAAGCUGCCUAAGCGCCUGGACUGCGGACACGUCUUCUGCCUCGAGUGUCUGGCUCGCCUGUCGUUGGCCACGGCGGGCGGCGGCGACGCGGUGGCCUGCCCGGUGUGCCGCGCACCCACGCGGCUGGCCCCGCGCCGCGGGCUGCCCGCGCUGCCCACCCAGCCGGGGCUGCUGCCCCACGACGCGCGCGCGCCGCUGCGCCAGGGCUCCGUGCGCUUCGACCGCCGCCGCGGGCUGCUCUACCUGCGGCCGCCGCCGCCGCCGCCCGGGCCGCGCAAGAGCCGCAGCGCGCAGGCGCAGGCGCUCGCGCAGGCGCAGGUGCUCGCGCCGCCGCCGCCGCUACGCCUCGGCCGUCCGCUCUCGCGCCGCCUGACGCUCAGCAGCUCGACCUGGGUGUUCAACGCCGCCGUGGUGCUGGCGGUGCUGGUGACUGCAGGCCUGGUGGUCUCGGGGGUCUACAUUUUCUUCCUCAUCCCGCACGCUACCUCCUCCGGCCCCCCGCGGCCCCAGAUCGUGGCGGUGGCGCCCCCACCCGGCCUCCCCUGGUUCCCGCCCAGGCCCGCGCCGCCGUCGGGGCCGCCCGGGAUCCCCGCCUGGACGCCGCGCCCCGCGGGCACAGCCGACUUCCCGCAGGUGCCGGUGGAGGACACGACGGAGCCCGAGCUGGAGCCCGAGCGGGGCGCUGAGGACCCCGUGGAGGACGAGGGGACGGGGGACCCGCCACAGGACGGCGCCCGCGGGGAGGAGGAUGGCCCCUGAGGUCC